AUGUCGUGUGACAUCAAGGACAUCUUACGACAGCACUACAAUGACAUCAUCAUGGACAUUAGCAUAAGUGUGAUCCUGGUGUCAUUGUCUUGGGGAUAUUGCCGAGUACUCGUACUACUUGUUGCUGGCGAUGAUUUAGUCCUUGGCACUGUUAACAAGCUUACUGGGAGAAUACUCAUUCAAUGCAGAACGCUGGCCCACAACCACACUGGACUGGGCGUGAUCAACACCGUCACUGGAGCACAGACUGCACGAACACAUGGACGGGUGACUGAAAUCAUUCCAGACGUGGGAGUGAGACAGUCUGCUUCAUCAAUGGAGGAAGCUGCAGCUGCAUUACUGGAGGAAAUAGCUUACCCCUCCUGCUGCCUUAUCCUUCUCAUAGACGGUGAAACGGCUGCCUUCAUAACUUUCAGGAGAGUUGCGGAGGCGUGGAGAGAGCGGCACGGCACAGCAAUGUUUGAGGCGUUCUCUGUUGAACAAGAUACUAAUGUAACGCGUCGCCUUUCUCAUCUAGUGCCUUUGGUGCGCCAGGUGCGUCAGUUAUCAUCAUACACGACAGUGGUAGUGGUGAGUCACGACCCGCUUUUCCUCGCCGCCUUCGCCGAGCAGUCACUGAGAGGCCGCCUGCUGGGAUGGGCGACUAAGCUGGUUGUGGUGACGCGCUUGGCUCUUCCUCUCCUUAAAACCCUUAUGCCAACCUAUUGGACAUUUUCCAUGAUGAACGCAGUUUUCCUCAGAAUUGAUGAGACGUCAUCCAGGUUAGAUGAAAUGCUAAGCCACUUACCAUACAGCGUAAACGGACCCCAAACUGUACGAGUGGCCUCGUGGACCCCUAGUAAUGGUCUUGUCGUCGACGAGGGUUUCUCUCUCUUCCAAGAAAAGUUUUCUGAUUUCUAUGGCUCAAGGGUCAAUGUGACUGCACGCCCUUACACGCCAUUCUGGAAGGAGCAAGAAGGCCCCGAGAACACCACGCUCUACUCGGGCACCGACUACUACGCCUUAACAGCCAUUGCCAAUACUCUCAAUUUCACCUUCCGCAGGUUACCUACUUCCUCCUGGGCCGAGGUUACUAGCCUGGUGGAGGAAAGAGUGUCUUUUCUGGCCUCUGUGAUAUACAUUCUCAUGCCGGACAGGCUUGAUCGAUAUGAUUUCUCAUUUGCCCAUGAAAUCAUGUCCACGGGCUUUAGUAUGGCACCGCCCAUUCUGCAACCUCAAUGGCAGGCCCUUUACUACCCGCUGUCUGGCUGGGUAUGGGCCGGGAUGCUCAUCGCACUUUUAAUCACUCCUAUUGCCUUCGUUUUGAUUUUCACACGAAUGACUGGAGACAAAGAUGAAAAUCUGUUGUUGGGAACAGUAUUCCACCAGAUGGUGGGGAUGCUGUUGGGUCAGAGCCUCUCCCACCACUUGUUCAAAACUUCUUCCACCCGAAUUCUAGUGGCUGCCUGGCUCGUGUUCGCUAUCAUCCUUGGAUCUGCAUACAGCGGCAACUUGACCGCUACCCUCACCUUGCCCAAGUAUCCUCCACGCCCAGAGACACUGAAGCAGCUGGUUGAUACUGCUGACAGAAUAACGAUGCAGCCAUACGGUCAAGAGUUUAGGAGUGUCUUUGCCAAGUCAGACUUGCCAGUAUUUCAGAAGCUGGCCCAUCUGAUGGACUUCGUACCAUCGAUGUACGAAGGUCAAAGACAAGCUAUUAGCAGAAAGCAGGCGCAUCUGGAAAACCGACGCUCCCAGCAGCACAGCAUAGCGGAAUGGUUUACGCUGCCGGAUGGGAGUGAACUGUUGUAUGUCGGUAAAGAAGACAUUGUACCUGGAGGAUCGGGAUGGCCUCUGCCUCACGACGCCCCUUACCGAGACGCCAUUGACAGUCACCUCAUGGGCGUGAUAGAGGCAGGCCUGUACGAAAAAUGGGCGGCGGACCUACUUUUCAACGUUCAGGUGGAAAGCCGCAAAAAGAAACAAGAUCAACGACAAGCGAACGUGGUGAAGGUGUCCAGUGGCCCGCAGGGGCUGUCCAUGUGUCACUUGCAAGGUGCCUUCAUCGUGCUCCUCCUGGGGAGACAAAUAAGUGACGAGGACGGUCACACCCACCCUCCGCCCCCCACAUGCCUGAACUGGUUCCCAAUGAGAAUUAAAACACAAGUGGCGUGGCUAAUGGUCUCGGUUCUGGGUCAGGCGUUUACUGGUAAAGAACGGUCUAAUGCUCAGCUUGGGAAACCUGACUGGUGUUCCAAACAUGCGUUCUGGAUUGAGCUCUUACCCGCGAUCACACUUUUAAUGCUGCUGCCCUUCAUUAGGGAGAACGUUCCAGGUCGGUGCACGGCCAAUGAACUCUUAAGGCCUCCACCUGCCGCCACGCCUCUCCCUAACUCCUGCCACCACGCCUCACGCUGUCUCUAG